GUAUCGUGAGGUUCACCCUCCCCACAAAUAUCAAGACUUCAAUAUGGCGCCGGGGGGAUUUCAGAUAAAUAAUACAAGCUAGUGUUUAAAUUUAAUAACAAGUUUGUAACUCGUUGAAGACUAGUAUGCAGGAAAGCAGCCGGUCGGUACUGACAGACACGUAUAGAAAUCUUUAAUAAUGGAAACGCGGGGUAUAGAGCAGAUGUUUGACUUUCAGCGGUUGCCAAGUGAUGGUCUGAUCCUGCUGCUGCUGCUGCUGUACUCCCCAGUUGGCCUUUGCUUAAUGUUACUACGUAUAUUUAUAGGUGUUCAUAUAUUCCUAGUGAGUUGUGCACUUCCUGACAGUUUUGUAAGACGAUUUAUAGUGCGAGUCAUGUGCUCUGUGUUGGGCCUGCAUGUAAAACAGAACAACCUGCGCUUAAGGGACAAAAAUGUCAAGUUGUAUGUCAGCAAUCACAUUACUCAGUUUGACCACAACAUUAUUAACCUCCUUACCUCCUGCCACACUCCACUGUUAGAGGGCCCUUCAGGGUUUGUGUGCUGGGCACGGGGCUUCAUGGAGCUGGGCACUGUGACAGGCAGCAGGGCUGAGCUGGCACAGACCCUGCGUGGGUAUUGCUCUGUUCCUGAAGCUCUGCCCUUACUACUCUUCCCAGAAGAAGACACAACCAACGGGCGCGCUGGUCUGCUCAAGUUCAGCUCCUGGCCUUUCUCUGUGGCAGAUGCUGUACAGCCUGUGGCCCUGAGGGUGAAGAGGCCCUUCAUAGCUGUGAAUGUAACAGAAUCUUCGUGGCUGACUGAAUUGCUGUGGACGUUUUUUGUCCCGUUCACAGUGUAUCAAGUAAGAUGGCUUCCUCCAGUGCAAAGACAAGAUGAAGAAUCACAUCAAGAAUUUGCCAACAGAGUCCAAGAGAUCACCAAAGCAGACAAAGCUGAGCACAUCAAAAGGAAAAGGCACACAGUUUCCCACACUACGCACCUGGAUUUGGGGGCCAGACCUCGUACUGCGGCGCAGGGUUUUCUGGGCUCGAGCACCGGAGCAGAGGAUCCUAGAGUGGUGCGGAUGGCACAUCAGGUGAAGGAAGUGCUACCAGAUGUCCCUCUGAGUGUUAUCACCAGAGAUCUGUUGCAGACAAACUGUGUGGAUACAACUAUUACCAACCUGCUGGAGAGCACUGAGCAAUAUCAUACAGAACCUGCAGAAGCUGCACCAUCAGGCCCAUCACAACCUUUAACCUCCACCACUCCUUCUGUUCCUGCUCCACCACCUAAUCUAAAGCCACCUGCCAAAUCUUUUGGGAAAUCACCAGCAGACAGACACAUGUCUUUACAGGAGAGAAAAGCAGCCUUGUAUGAUUAUGCAAGAAGACGUUACAUAGAGAAACAUGGCCUGGAUCUAGAGGAAGACUCGUGAGUGUGGACAAACCACUCAAGUUAAUUGAUGGACAGUUAAUUGGAGUUCACACAAUGUUCCUAAAACAAGGAGAAGAAAGCGUUACACUGACUUUACCUGCAUUUUUGUUCAGCAAACAGAUGAAAAGAAGGGUUGGAAAUAAGAGUUUUGGAAUAAGUUGACUUCAAUGGAUUUUUAUUAAUCCUCUUGCAUGGCAAUCAUGCAUGUCUUUUUAAUGAUUUCUCUGCUACAGAAAAAAAGAUUAUUUUGGUAAACAGUUUGUACUACACCCCAGUACCAGUGGAACAUCUCAUAUUAUUUUUAUAAAGUUUAGACUUAGAAAGCAGGAGCUUGGCAUUGUGUGGUACCGAACAAAAACCCAGUCUGAGGUUAUGUUGUAAGGAUAUGUGUUGAUUCAGUAUCAGACAUUAAAGAUCAUUUAUAAAUGAAAAAUCUUGUUUUAUUUUGCUGUUUCAUUUAGUUCCCUGAAUAUCUCGAAGGAAUCAAUGUUAAACUGUCAUUAUUAUUUGUUUUGAAUCAUGUGGAGACAAACUGGCAGUUUGAUUUAAAUUAUCUGUGUACAAUUAACUCAUUUGCUUUAAUAGUCUGUCAGUUGCAUCAUUUCCACACCUCUUCUCAAUCCAUGAACUUGUGGUGUUUGUAACAGAAACAAUGCAACACUCAGGGCCUGUUCAGCGUACAUGACCUAGUCUGCCAGGCAGAUCAGUGACUAUUUGCCAGCAAUUUCUGAAGAUCUUACAAUGACCACUAACUAAAAUGAACUAAAAUUUUUCAUAUAGCUAAUUCACAAAUCUCAAUAUUUUAUAAUACACAUGCUAACUAGACAGACACUGAGUAAUUGCGGAGCAGACUUUAUAACUAGUCUAUACCCAAGGUUGUACUUUCUGUAGCUAGGGAUCCCUUUAACUGUAGAAAUAAAUUCAGUGGACCCCCUUUUUAUUUCAUGAACAUUAUUUAAAUGUGUACAAUAACAUUUUGUCCAUGUGUUGGAGUCUUCAGCUUUCUGCUAGAGAACACAUUAGGUCCAAGCUGACAUUAUUUAUAGGCUACUUAUUUUUGAGUUAGUGAACUUUGGGUUAACCCCAUUAACCCCAGUACAAGUGACCAGUCAAACAGGCGAGCUAGAAGAACUCGGUAAUAAAAUUAAUAAUUUUGAUAAUAAUGGGUUGUGAUGUGGACCACUGUAAAUAAAUAAGACAAGCCUCCACCAAUUAAAUCAUGAUCCACCAAAUAAAACUAUGAUUUUUCAUUUGCAAUUUUUGUUCAGGAAAGCCAUGCAUUAUAAAAAAGGAGAGAUUUUGUUUAUGCAUUAUAAAACAUACAGUAAUUGUUGGGAAUUUAUUCUUCAUUAAAAAUAGAAUUUUAGGAUAAAACAAAGUAUAUUUAUAUACCACUUAUGUAGCAUUUAUCUAGGAAAAAAGACACGUUAACAAUUAUCUGCUUAAUUAUUAAUCAAAGGAAAUGGUCAACUAAACAAUUAUCAAAAUAAUCAAUAGUGAAAGCCCUAUAGAGCACAUGUUAGAUACAAGGCCCAUGGGCUGAAUCUCACCUGCAGCUUCUUUUCAUUCAGCCUGUGUGAACUUGGAAAAAAAAAAUACCAAAUCGGCCUAUACUAUGCUACUGAUAAGCAUUUUCACACUAUCCAGAAUUCACAGCAGGUCCAUAGCAUAACCAUCCGAAGGGUAGCUACUGUAAACCUCCGUAUAUAUGCGUGCACUCCAGUUUCUACCAUGGUUGGCUUGACCUUGACCCUAAAGUUAAAAUCAACGCCUGUAUGCUGCGCUUGAUGUAAGUCACACUCGCAUUUAAAAAUGAUUCAGAAGUAUGUAGCGUGUUGUGCUGGCAGUGGUGU